AAACAUAUUCAUGUGAAAAACAGGUCUUUCUGCAGCACGUGUCUGUAUUUCUGGAGCUUGAGGUUGUUUUCAGUACAGGAAGAGCGAGAGCUCAAACAGAACAUGUUCUUAUUUCCCCUAAGUCUCUGGGAUCUUGUGUGCCUCGCAGCAGAUUCGAGCUCGAACACACCCCAGACACUAAAGCAGCGUCUGGAAAUGUGUUGUGAGGAGGUUCUCCUGGAGAACGCUUUAAUGAAGGUCUUCUCUGCGGCUGUCGCAGGUAUGGAGCAGCCAUUGGACAUGGACCGUGGCUUCUUCAGGAAAGUGGACGUCCCCGAUCAUGCACACUAUAUCGUGGCGUUUUUUGUGGCUGUCAUCGGGGCAGUGGGAGUGAUCGGAAACAUGCUGGUCAUGUAUGCCUUCUUCAGUAAUAAGAAGCUACGGACGCCUCCGAACUACUUCAUCAUGAAUCUGGCCGUGAGUGACUUCCUCAUGGCCAUCACUCAGUCGCCCAUCUUCUUCGUCAACUGCUUGUACAAGGAAUGGGUGUUUGGUGAAAUGGGUUGUAAGAUGUACGCCUUCUGUGGCGCUCUGUUCGGAAUCACAUCCAUGAUCAACCUCCUGGCCAUUUCCAUCGACCGCUACAUCGUGAUCACCAAACCCCUGCAGGCCAUCCGCUGGACGUCUGGACGCCGGACACUUAUCAUCAUCCUCCUGGUCUGGAUCUACUCUCUGAGCUGGAGUCUUGCGCCUCUUAUGGGAUGGAGUUCCUAUAUCCCAGAAGGGCUCAUGACGUCCUGCACGUGGGACUAUGUGACGUCCACGCCGGCGAACAAGAGCUACACUUUGAUGCUCUGCUGCUUUGUGUUCUUCAUCCCUCUUGGAAUCAUCUCUUACUGCUACCUCUUCAUGUUCCUCGCCAUUCGGGAUGCAAGCAGAGAUCUGGAGAAGCUGGGCAGUCAUGUGAGGAAGACGGCGCUCAUCCAGCAGCAGUCCAUUAAGACCGAGUGGAAGCUGGCGAAGAUCGCGUUCGUGGUCAUCAUUGUGUUCGUUCUGUCCUGGUCUCCUUACGCCUGCGUCACUCUCAUCGCCUGGGCUGGGUACAGCCACGUUCUCACGCCGUACUCCAAGGCAGUUCCUGCAGUGAUCGCCAAAGCAUCAGCCAUCUACAAUCCCUUCAUCUACGCCAUCAUUCGCUCCAAGUACAGAGACACGCUGGCGGAGAAGGUGCCCUGUCUGCAUUUCCUGGCCCAGUCGUCCCGUAGAGACUGCAUCUCGGUGUCCAACAGCGAAUCUUCCUUCAAGGAGCCCAUGCUCAGCCGACAGUCAUCAGGGUCAAAGGUCAAGUUCCAGCGAGUCUCCUCUAUGUCCACCACGGACACGGUCUGGAGUGAUGUUGAAUUAGAUCUCGUGGACCAAAAGACUCUCCGAAACUCACCUUCAGCCAAUCAGCUCAGAGAUGAAGGAGGGAAGACAGGGCAAACUAAACAAGGCGAGACGGAGAACAAGAGGCGCCCGGAAGAAAACCACAGUGAGGAGAAGCGUGCAGUCAGAGAAAGCUUCUCUUUGAACGAUUGUGGCCUUGACCUGGCGUCCGAGUCCAUCAACAUGGCCACCGUUCCUCUUCUCAUGACCAAAAACACUCCAGGGGAGGAACAAGAGGAGAAGGAGGAGCACGAAGACAGCAGUUCUCUGAGCAAUGCUCUGGCUUUCUACCAAGACACAGAGGAGCCACAAAUCAUUAGCGCUCACACAUCAGAGCAGACCAGAGAAGACAAAUUAAUACUGGACCUCAAGGGUGAGCUUCUGGAGUCUGUGGAGAAACUCCUCUCCUGAGGCUGAACCAGAGACCCAGAGAUCCUCUUCUGUACGUCUGUGUUUCACUGAAGACGCUCGAGAAGCACGGUCUUCUGCUGGGAGUUUUCACAUCAGCAGUUUAGAUGGACAAGCUAUUACUAACAAUCAAAGGAAGAACUAGUUCUGAUGUUCACAGUGUGUGUAGAAGUAGCUGAAAGAGACACAACACUGUGCACAUUAUGAUUUUAUUUAUUGAAGCGUGUUCUUAUGAAUAUGCAUAACACAUGUCAUCAUGAGACGUAAAACAAUCUUAAUUCAUUUCACUAAAGGAGCUCUACUGACUAAUUUUUGACUGUCGAGAAUAAUUGUGAUUGAAGAAAGUGCAGUUGUUUCAGUGCAAGUCAACCUGGCGAAUUUGUUUUUUUUUCAUGCAUUACCAAAUAUUUUCACAUUUAAAGUCUCUUUCUAAUAUAUCCUUGCAAUUUUAAUCAAUGCUGUGGCCAUUGCACAGUAAUAUCACACUGAAAAUUUUCAUAUUGUAAGUUAUUGCAUCAAAUUUGGCUCACGUGAGCAUGUAUCAUGCACUUAUAUAGCAUUUAUACAAUACAGGUUUUUGUUUUUCAAAGCAGCUUCAUAUUAAUAAACAAGAAUAUAACUUCUCC